CGUAAGUCACAUUGAGUAGAGCUAGAGAGCGAGAAUGAGAAAGCGCAUCGUGGAUACUGUCGAAUACAAAUAGAGUGGAUCACUACGAAAACUGCGAAAAAAAUUGAUGUCCAGGUAUUAUUCAAGGAAAAAACAAACAACAAAAAAAAAAAAACCUUAAAGUCUAAGUUUACAUUUGCAAAGGACUUCUAAAGGAGCGGGGGUAAAAGCGAAACUGUCUGAGUCUGUUGUAUGAAGGAUAUUAGAUUUUUGACAGCUUUUUAUUUUAGGAGAAGUGAGGGUUAUCUAAAUUGAAUUCAAACGCCACAUCCAGAAUUCAUUAAGCACAGCUGGAGUUUACAUCUAAAACAAACUCGUAUGUUUUCUUGCAAAAAGUUUCCAGCUGAAACGUGAGGAGAGAUUGUACACAUACCCGUGCUUUAAAACCGUGAGUUCGGUUUUAUUAUAAACAAAAAAUGGAAAUAUUCAAUUUACAAAUAUUCCGUUUCUUGAUGGUUAUAUCACUCCUUAUGCAAAGGAUAGACUCUAACGAAAUUUUGGGUUUGAAACUCCCAUCUGAUCCAAUUCUGAAUGCCAAUACAGUUUGCUUAACUCUUCCGGGCUUGACAAGACGACAGUUGGAAGUGUGUAUGCGAAAUCCAGAUGCUACAGCAUCAGCCAUCCAGGGGAUCCAGAUUGCCAUCCACGAGUGCCAACACCAAUUCAGAGGCCACAGGUGGAACUGCUCCAGUCUGGAGACUAGGAAUAAGAUUCCUUAUGAUAGUGCCGUUUUCAGCAGAGGCUUCAAGGAGAGUGCCUUUGCGUAUGCAAUAGCAGCUGCUGGAGUGGUCCAUGCCGUAUCUAAUGCUUGCUCAAUGGGGAAGCUAAAAGCUUGUGGCUGUGAUGAGAAAAGGAGAGGGGAUGAAGAGGCUUUUCGCAUCAAACUGAACCGACUCCAGCUUGAAGCCAUAAACCGGGGGAAAGGCAUGGUUCACGGAGUCAUGGAGCACAUCCCAGCCGAUGCCCCAGGACCCCAGGACUCCUGGGAAUGGGGAGGCUGCAGUCCUGAUGUGGACUUUGGAGAAAAGUUUUCCAGGGACUUUCUAGAUUCCAGAGAAACAUACAAGGAUAUUCAUGCCAGGAUGAGAUUGCACAAUAACAGAGUGGGCAGGCAGGUUGUAUUGGACAAUAUGAAGAGGAAGUGUAAAUGCCACGGAACCUCAGGGAGCUGCCAGCUGAAAACUUGCUGGCAGAUGACUCCGGAGUUCAGAGCUGUGGGUUCCCUUCUUAAAGACAGGUUUCACAUAGCUACUUUAAUCAAAGCCCACAACAGGAACACAGGGCAGGUGGAGAACGUCCACCUACCACACAGGAGGAGAGCUAAUCUGAACGAGCUUAUCUAUUUUGAGAAAUCACCAGACUUCUGUGAGAGGGAACCUGAGUCCGAUUCUGCCGGCACACAGGGGAGGAUUUGUAACAAAACAAGUCCUGGGAUGGAAAAUUGUGAAAGCCUGUGUUGUGGAAGAGGACACAACAUCCUGCAACAGACCAGAAGUGAAAGAUGCAACUGCAAGUUUCACUGGUGCUGUUAUGUCGUUUGUGAAGAGUGCCGGAUAACAGAAUGGGUUAGCGUAUGUAAAUAAAAUGAAAUUCAACAUAUUUAUCAUACGGGAAGAGACACAUCUGGACCAUCAGAUUGACUUUCCUUUGCUGUGGACAACGCUCUGUGAUAUAUGGAUGCAUAAAACCGUCUUAAAGUUUAAAGCAUGAGACUUCAAUGCUAAAAGAGUUAAGAUUGAUCUUUUAAAUCAGCACUGCUUUUCAUUUUAGAAAAAAAGGUGUUGUUAAGUUAAAUAAUUUAAAUAUAGAUAAGAAAUUGUAUAAAAGACUUGUCAGUAUUUGAGAGAAACAGGGGGUACAUUGUUGCAAGUGCUGUAUUUAAGGAUAUGCUUUUUCAAAACUGAAUUUCUGGCACAUUAAUAAAACUUCAAUAACAACAAAAAAUAAUGAGAUCUUGCUUGUAUUUUAAUAAAUGCACAUACAUGUGUGGCACACCAAUCUGUUUAACAUACAUUUGUUGUGAACUAAAUUAUGCACUACCAAGAUCCUUCACCAAAGUGUUAUUUUUUUUAUUAUUAUUAUUUUAAAACUGUGGAUGAACAUUUUAUCAACAAAUACAUCGAACUUUAUUCAUUCUGGACUUGCAAAAAAAUGGCAAUUGUAUCUAUGGACAAGGGAGAUGCUAUUGAAACAUCUACACAUGUGUUACUGAUGUAUUGUUUGGGAGACUACCAGAGUGAUUCACAAUAAACUGGGAGGGUUGAAGAACACCCCCCAAGAUGCCUCAAAAUACAAUUUAUAUUAAAAUGAAAUGAUGUUGACCAUUUGUUGAUUUACUGCAUUAUAAGUUAUUUUAUUUUUGUGAAUAACCUAAUAUUUGUAAACUUAGUUGUAUUGAAAAACCAUGCUAAAUA